AUGAUAUUCUCCGACAUCUACAAGAGCCCGCGGUCCCCUAUCGCUAAGCUUCGCCAUCAUCCAGUUCAAUUGCCGACCCCACUGCCCGACAACACCCCGGAUUGGUACAACGAUGAACACGCCGACCUCCUCAGCAAGGACAAGGCGAAACAGAAGGAAGCUGUGAGACGAUACCUCGACGCCAAGAUAAAGAACGAUUGGGACUUCUCAUGGCCGUCUCGCGUUGUUGACCCUCCGUUGGCUGAGGGUGACGUAGCCGUCGUUGACACGGCUCCCGAGUCACCUGACGCUUUUGAGACCGUGACAAGUCUUGAUGUCACUGAGCCAGUAAAGGCGGUUCAAGAUGAGACACAUGAAGAUGAUGGCUACCAAGUUGAUGAUCAAGAGUCGUCUGACGAUGAGGACAAUAGCGAUGCCGAAUCCAUCUACAGCACUGUUUCUGAGGACCCCGUUCGCUUUCGCACACGUCUAGAGUGGACGUCGGAUCUUUCCGACGAUGAUGAUGAGCCCGGUCCCUCGCGAUCACCUUUCCGCUUCGACAACCCCAACAACGUGGGCCCAACUGUCCAAGCUGCAGUUCAGGCCAAGCGCGCGAAGCGACGGAGAGCAGUCCGCCAGGAAAUGGAAUGGAACGAGGGCCUUGCUUGUUUCGAGGCCCGGCGAAAUGCAUGGACCGGUGCACGAACUGUUCGUAUCCGAGCCAAGCCUGUGACACCCCCUGCUGUGUCACCUUUAUCUCCCCGUCGUUUCUUUUUUCGCCGCUCCAUGUCGACAUCUCCUCCCAGCUCCACGAUUGCGUCUGCUCUACCACCACAAGUCAGCGAUGCUUCCGACAAUUCAUCACUAGCAAGAAGCGACGAACUUCGCAACGCUCGCUCCAAGGAUACAACGCCGUCAACACCCCCCGACAGUCGGAACUAUCCUGUCGAGGUUCUUCUUCCUCUUGCGCCACCCCUCCUACCACCCAACAACCCUCUUCGUGCGUCCAUCACACCUUCUGUGUACCUCAGCCUUUACGACAAGGUCAUUAUCCAUAGCCUUCAGCCCUCAUGCCCCAUCAAUCUUUCAGACAUGCUUCGAGCUUGCGUUACUGGCUGGAAGCGGGACGGCGAAUGGCCCCCUCGACCGACCAUGCCUCCACCAGCUCCUGCUGCCAAGAAGAAAAAGGUCAAGAAGGCUACAAGUCAAUCAGACAACACGGGCAGUACAGUUCGACGCAUGAGCUUUGGACUGUUGGGCCGUGAUAAGGACGAUGCGACAAAUGGAAAAGGUAUUCGACGUAGUCUGGUCCGGGCUCUUGGCAUCGGAGAGACGGCAGACACGCCCAAGUAA